CGUUUUAAUUACGAGAAAGAGCAUUGGGCUAGCAUCAGGCGCGCUUCUUUGGGAGUGGUAAGAUGUCGAACCAAUCUACUGCGUUCGUGUGAUCAUUGACUUCGGCCAUUGGUCUAUCUUUUGUCAACCAAUCAUUGGAAAACCAGUGAGGAAUAUCCAAUCAUGGAGCACACACAGAUCCAGACUGAUGGUCCCCAAGUGGUGACCAUCAACGGUCAACAGCUGCAAGUGUUACAGAUGAACAACAGUCCACACAUGAUCCAGGGUCCCAAUGGGCAGCAGAUUGUCAUCCAUGCCAUACCAUCCUCUGCGCCUACCAUACAGGUGGCGACACCUGGUGGUCAACAGUUGCAACAAUUGCAGGCUCUACCAUUGUCUAGUCUUCAAGGUGCUAGCAGCAGCAUGCAGCCCAUGCAGCUGGUGCAGACUGCCGACGGACAGACCUACAUCUACCAGCCCGCCGCCAGCGCGCAGCCGCAGAUAGAUCAGCACCAGAUUAUACACCAACCUGGAACUCUUAUAAACCUGAACGGCAACUUGGUGCAAGUUGCUGGAGUGGGCAAUGCGGUGCAACAGCAGCAAAUUGUCAACCAACCCAAUAUAGUUAUGAUGGUAAACAACAGUGGCGCCACAGCGGCAUCGACGUCGUCAGAGGGCGCCACCUCCGCGGCGGGCUCCGACGAGGAGCCGCUGCUGUACGUGAACGCGCGCCAGUACAAGCGGAUACUGAAGAGACGCGCCGCCAGAGCUAAGCUGCACGAGCAGGGGAAGAUACCCAAGGAGCGACCCAAAUACUUGCACGAGUCGAGGCACCGACACGCCAUGAACAGAAUCAGAGGUGAAGGUGGAAGAUUCAAUUCGGGAAGUAGAAAGAACAUGGAGCAAGGUGAGACCAGUGCAACGCAAAAGUUGUUAGAAGACAUCAAGCCAGAGACUGUCUCCAUUACAAUUAUACAGGACGGAGAAGACCCGUUAGAAGAUAACUCCAACAUAUGGCGAAGACUUGCCCCCCAACCGCUGGGCUCAACAUAGCAGAGGUUGAAGUUUGAAGAUGAUUAAAUCAGUGGACAGAUCAUAUAGUGCAAAUGAAUCAGUGUACAGAGUAUAUACUGUGAAGUGAAUCAGUGUACAGAGCAUAUAGUGCGAGUUGAUCAGUGUACAUAGUAUAUACGGUGAGUGAACUAUUGUACUGGGCGUAUAUUGUGAGUGAACUAGUGUACCAAGCAUAUAGUGCGUUAAAGAGAUCAUACAGUGGCGUAGCUAGAAUGAUGACAAGGGGGUUCUGCACCCCAAGAAUGGUGACACCCGGUGACUUGACUUACAGAUGAAAAUUACAAAAUAACUUAGCUAUGGAUGUGGAAUAUCAGAUAAGAAUAGCAGCUUAUCAAUCUUUAUUAAGUUAUUUCCGAAUUUAUAGCUGUCAAAAACUAGAAAGAAGAAAUUUGAUUUGUGAUUUCGAGUUUUAUCUUUUGUUGUUUUGUUAUUUUUACAAUAUUUUGAAAUCAAUUAAUUAAAAGAUCCAUGACGUUUAUUAUAUUUAUUGCUUUUAAUUUUUGCUGAGGUGACACCACCAAUUCCUGGGUGUCACCCAAGGUAUUCCUAGCUACGCCUCUGAGAUCAUGUGACCAAGGUUUUGUGGAGUGAUGCAACAUUGUGUGAGAACUCAUGCGAUAUUUGACUUUAGUAGUACUUCAGUUAAAGGAAUUAAGGGAUGGGAAGGAUAAUUAUAAGUAAUAAUAGUUUUAACAUUUCUAUGUUGAAAAAUAUUACAUUUACACUAUAAAGCAAAUUGUGUUAAUAAUGCUAUGAAAUGCCUGCCGGUAUAGGUUUGAUUAUUGUUUACUAAAUUUUAUUGAAACUAACUUGAAUUUCAAUAUGGUCUAUCGAGUGUCAGCAGUGUUUGUUUAUUCAGCAGUUUAAAAUCUAAAAUGUUUUAACAGCCUACAAAAUCAUGCCUUGUUGCUUUUGGGAUUAAAAGUUUUUAAAGGUUACACUCAGAAAGGGGUCGAAUCCAUAUAGUCUUUCUCUUUGCCUUCAAUCAGCUGGCCUAUUCACUAAGUUGGUCUAUAUGUAUAUUGGUUGGUCGUUGGUUAGCCUUCAAUCAGCUGGCCUAUUCAUUAAGUUGGUCUAUAUAUUGGUUGGUCGUUGGUUAUUAGGUUAAUAAAAGAUGUUUAAAAUUGUGCCGCCAGUUCGAAGUUACAUCGUCCAUUCGAUCACGACCUAUCAGUAAUGCAAUCUCUGAGCGGCCGGACUUUAGUUUUGUGUCUUGAUUGAUUUUUGUACCAAACCAACAACCAACCAGGGGAAAUUGCUCUCUUGUUCAAAACACCUGAUGUCACCAUAAAGAGUAUACUACUAAUAACGGAUGUCACCAUAGAGAGAACACUACCUGUAACUGAUAGUGAUGAGUUUUAGUACUGUUAAGUUUAUAUUAUUAUAUUAAUUAUACUUUGUACCAAAUUAUAAAUUAUAUUGUGUGGUUUUAGAGUUGUUAUUUUUAAAUAUAAAUUGUGAACCAUGUUAUAUUACAAAUUAUAGUAGUUAUUGUAUUUUAGGAAGACAAUUUGGCUUUGACUGACAGCACAAACGCAUUUUGUGUGUAGAAGCCAUACAAUAUACUAUAGACAGUACAUACUAACCUAUCUUUUGACGACCUCCGUGGCGCAGUGGUGGAUUUACAAGACAGAGGUCCUGGAUUCGAUCCCCGGCUGGGCCGAUUGAGGUUUCCUUAAUUGGUUUAGGUCUGGCUGGUGGAAGGCUUCGGCCGUGGCUACUUACCACCCUACAGACAAAGACGUACCGCCAAGCGAUUUAGCAUUCCGGUACGAUGUCGUGUAGAAACCGAAAGGAGUGUGGACUUCAUCCUACUCCUAACAAGUUAGCCCGCUUCCAUCUUAGAUUGCAUCAACACUUACCAUCAGGUGAGAUUGUAGUCAAGGGCUAACUUCUAGAAAAACAAAAUAUCUCCUGUAUUAAGUACCUAUAAAGGACUUGGACCAAUUACCUUCUAUGUACUUGUAUCACACUCAUAUUCACCAAGAAAAUUGUUUGUAAUUUUUUGCGGGGGACGAAAUAAAAACCCAGUGGUUAUGACCUCUGCCUCUGAUUUCGGAGGGGUGUGGGUUCGAAUCCGGUCCGGGGCAUGCGCCGCCAACUUUCAGUUGCGUGCAUUUUAAGAAAUAAAAUAUCACGUGUCUCAAGCAGUGAAGAAAAAACAUCGUGAGGAAACUGCAUACCAGAGAAAUUCCUUAAUUCUCUGCGUGUGUGAAGUCUGAGAAUCCAGCCAGCGGGGUGGACUAUUGGCCUAACCCCUCUCAUUCUGAGAGGAGACUCGAGCUCGGCAGUGAGCGAAUAUGGGUUGAUGAUGAUGAUGAUAGGAGGUAUUAGGAGGUAUUGUCUAUGGAGGUGUAUGACAUUGAAACUCAUUUACCAAAAUCUAUUCCUUUUUAACCAUUUAUGGACUAGAUUAAAAUUUGUAAACAUGUUUCUGUUUUGCUAACGGUUUAUUACAUUCAAUAUUCCUUACAAUCUCCUGAUAUUAAAUUUAUGUACUAAACAAAGAGUUAAUUUUUUAUGAUUUGACUUUGUAAUUUAUUAAACUUUUUAUGUUUUCAUUAUCGAAAUCUAAUAUUAAUAUUUAGUGACAUAAAGUUGUAAAUAUUUUUGUAACACUAAUAAAAUCUGUAAUUAUUGACUUUUGUAAUGAAAAUAUAAAAAUAAACAAAUGUGCACAGGA